GCACCAACUUUACUAAAAGCGACUCUGUAACCACGCAAUAGCCUAUAGACUAUAGAGUGUUGGGUUUCUACUCUCUCUACAGUCUGCGGGUACACAGCGAAGAGAAGAGGCGGAGACGAGCGGUGGAGAAGGGUCCGUUUGGGGUAAGUGCACCGACUCUGAGAGCUAUCCCCUUUUUGCUUUGAGUUUCAGUUUCACCUAUGGUGGUUCCCGGAUCUUGAGUAUCUUCAUUUCUCGAGGCUGAAAAAAUUGAAGUCCCUCUGAUCCUUGCAGCAGGCUGUCAGCAAUGGGGAAAUCUCCAGGAAAGUGGAUCAAGACUGUGCUUUUUGGGAAGAAAUCUUCCAAGUCAAGCUUAUCAAAGGAUGCCGCUACUGACAAAAGCACCACCAAGAAAGUACCUGUGUCAGAUCUUGGGGAGGAUCCUCCAUUGAUCCCAGAUUCAUCAAGUCACAAUAUUAAUAGAGGUGAAGAGAAGGCAGAACUGGAUAAGGGCACAACCACUGGGUUACCAGGUGAUUCUGUUGUUUUGUCCUCUGUGGCACAGGGUGUGGAUUCACAAUUAACCUUAGGCACUGUGUCAGUUGAUGAUGCUGAACUGCAAAGGCAAGAAAAAGCUGCAACAAAAGCACAAGCGGUCUUUAGGGGUUAUUUGGCUCGUCGUGCUUUCCGAGCCCUUAAGGGAAUCAUAAGGCUGCAAGCACUUAUUCGCGGGCACUUGGUUAGGCGGCAGGCAGUUGCUACAUUGCGUUGCAUGCACGCAAUUGUUAGGUCUCAGGCCUUGGCUCGUGGACGGAGAGUCAGACUUUCAAAUCCUGUGUCUCGGGGGCUUGGAAACUACAGUUUGGGAGAAAGAAAGGAUGCUAAGCCGGCAGAAUCAAAUGUCAUAAGUGCGUCUCUAAGAUCUGAGAAGCUAGCAGCUAAUGCAUUUGUGUGCAAGCUUCUUGCUAUAGUGCCAACAGCUAUGCCCCUGAGCCUUCAGUAUGAUGUGGUUGAACCUAAUUCUGCUUGGAAUUGGCUUGAACGUUGGUCAUCAUCUCGCUUUUGGGAACCACUUCCACGACCAAAGAAGAAUCUUAAUGUAAAAUCUCAAAGAAAGCAUGGUGUGCAGAGCUCUGAGAUUGAAACUGGAAGACCAAAAAGGAGUGUCCGGAAGGCUCCUAUUGCAUCAAAUGGUGACAAUCAUGGAUCAAGUUCCUUGGAACCUGAAAAACCUAAACGCAUUCCUAGGAAAGUCAUAAAUCAUCAGACAGAAUCGUCACAAGAACCUCAGUCUGAACUAGAGAGGGUAAAACGAAGUCUAAGAAAAGUUUCUGCAUCCACAACAGUGGCUUCUGAAAAGUCAGAAACGGAAAUUGAGAAGGUGCAACCUCCUCCUGUAGAAGUACCAAAAUCCUUGACUGACUCGGAGGUUCGCGAGCAAGUAGUUGUUGAUUCUUCAGACCUGACUACUGACUCUAAGAUUGAAGUUGACGAAUUGGCUGUGAUUGAACCCUCUCCAAAACCUUCUACAGUUGAUGACAAUCCAGUAGAUGUAUUGCAGAAUCAUAUCCCUGUUGAACAGUUGCUGCCUGAAAAUGGUGAGAGGGGCGAGACAAUACCCGCAGUAAUGGAGGAACUUACCUCCAAGGAGGAUCAAACUAGCAAGGAAAGCCAGAGAACUAGGAGAAGGAGAUCUCUUCCAGCAAAGCAGGAACAGACUGAAAAUAUUUCACAAAAUGCACCAAGCUUGCCUAGCUAUAUGGCAGCGACUGAAUCUGCAAAGGCUAAGCUUAAAGCACAGGGAACUACUAGAUCUACUGAAGAUGAGGCUGAAAAUGGAUUUGUCAGACGGCAUUCACUACCAUCCUUGACCAAUGGAAAACUCAACUCACUGUCUCCUCGGGUGCAGCGGCCAGUGCAAGCAAAUGGCAAAGGAGGAAACAAACCCAACAGAUCAGUGUCUUCCACUAGAGAUGAAAAGGCGCUUCAGCCUGGUUGGAGGAGAUGAGUUCAAGAAUCCUCUCACCGGAGUGUGGAGGUCCAUUGUGAGGCUGUUUCAUUUGGUUGUGCAAUCUCUGUUGUGUAAAAGAUUAGACUGAACUUAGCUUAAUAUAAUUUGUGUCACUCCCAGGCUUCCCAUCAUAGGCUUGGACUGUUAAAAGGGGAAUGUAUAGCGAUAGACUCCGAGAGAAUGUCAUUUUACAGUUGGUGUGCUGUUUUUUGUUUCUGUUUUGUAAUGUGCAGAUGCUUGACUCAUGAAUCUCUUGCUACA